AGUGAGAGAUGGGCAGGGAGGUAUAAAGAGAGGGAGGGAGUUAUCUACAAGAGGCAGCCAUAGAGGGAGAGGUGACAAGAGUAGAUUAUCCUCUCCUCCCUGCCAGUCUCACCAUGUUCAUGCUGCAGACGCUGACUGUUCUCUCGCUCACUGUCAUCUUCCUGGCAUCUGUAGAAGGAAAAGGCGUGCAGAUGCAGAGGGAUGUCCAGUGUUGCAUGCUGUACUCCCAGGGUAAGGUGCGUACCAAAGAUGUGCUGCGGUUUGAGGUGCAGACGGAGGGGCCCGACUGCAGCAUACAAGCCAUCAUACUUUACACAAAGAAGGCAGUGAAAUGUGCGGACCCCAGAGAUCGUAAGGUGAAGAGGUUGUUGAGGAAGCUUCUGCAGAGACAGAGAUUGAAGAACCACAGAACAAUGUGGCUGCCUCCUCGCGACAACCUGCCCGCCAUGUCAGAGGACAAAAAAGACAACUGGGCAGUUCUGAAUGUGGAGUGAUGAAGCACCAUCAACAGUGGAGUUAGUCGUAGUCAUACGCCAAGUAAUCAUUCAGCAGCUCGUCGGCUUUAAUCUGCGACGCUCGCUGACGUUCCAGUCAUCUUGUGUCUCUCUAUCCGUCUCCUUGGGACCAGACCUGGGCAGCAAUACUUAUUUAAAUGGUAUAAUAAAAUAUUCCCAAUAUGUGAGAGGGAGAGUAUUAUUGUAAGAUAAGCUGCAGUAAUUUUUAUUUAAUGGCUUAUACUGUUAUUUGCCAGAGCCUGCCUGAAAGUAUCGCCCUCUGAAAUAGUGUAAACACUUGUGGCUGAUGUGAGAUCAGUGAAACAGCAUUGACAUUCAUAUAUUAUAUCUGCAAUAUACUCUGUGCUUAUUUGUGACUCGUACUGCGUAAAUAAUGUAAUGAUGUAGUUGGGGUUUUGUCAAAAUCAGCUGAGUGUGCAGAAAUUUGAAAAACAUGUUUUUAAUAUUAACUUGCACUUUGCUCUUUUCUCCUUUGGCUUUCUUUUGAAGUAUUUGUACUGAGGCUUACAGGUCUUUGUUGAGGCCAGCAUGGAAAAAAAUCACAAGGUGAUGAUUUCCAUGGGCUUUAACAUACUUUUUAACACAUUUUGUCUACUUUAUAUAUUGACUGUUUGUAAAAUAUAAGUAGAUCUUUUGGAUUUUGACCCACCGGUAUCAACAAAUCAUCAGAUUUAACUUGGCUUAAGUUUACUUUUAUCUUUUAAAUUAGUAGUUUGACAAUGAACUAUGCCAAAGCACUCAUGAGUUGAUUCAUUAAAUGACAAGGCUGUUAAAACUUAGAGGGCUGUCUUGUGUGUAAAGCACACAAGCAUUGUAACGUAGAGGAAUGCACUGUAUCUCAAGUGAAUUAUUUUAUAAAUUAAUCUGAAACAUUAA